AUGUGGGGAGGACAGCGACGUGUGACUGACACGUUUGCGGUACGCCUCUGCAGCAGAGUUGGCAUUGUCGUUGCCCCGACCGUUGCCGUCGCCGUCGCCGUCGCCCUCGACACUCGCGAGCGCUACCUCACCUUCGGACAUGCUGGACCCUUCUUCGCCAUGGAGGGAGUGGCUAGCAACUGGCGCGUUGACGUGUCCGACGACGCCGAUGGGACGAGCCGCCUCUCGGCCUGGCUCCAGCUCAUGAGAGUCGCUUUUGACAGAGCCUUUGCCGACCUGGCCGACGCCUACCGGCUGGCGGGAAGCAAGUCGCCCUCGCUCAAAGUUCAGUGCCUCUUACUCUACGGACGCCUGCUGACUGCUCAGGCUGGCAACUGCAUGCCGGAGGCGGGACUCGCAUGGCAGGCCGACAAGGACUGGGUGGAGGCGUCUGCCGACAGGCUGAUUGGCUGGCAGGCCGCGUCGUCCGUGCCGACGACCGGUCUAGACGGACUGGCUCCGAACUCGGCCACCAGACCGCGGCAAGACAACCGAAAGGGCCGAGCGGAGACGAGAAAUGCAGCCUUUCGCGAUUCCGUGAGUGAGGCAAAUCAU